AUGGACAAUUUAGUAGAUAGUUUUGAAUUUGUAUCUCUUGCUUUAGACUCAAAUAAGAAACCCCUAUUAUUUAUCAAUCUAUACGUCCAAAACUCCCCGGCAGAACCCCUCAGAACACUCAUAGACUCCGGAGCAACAUCAAAUUUCAUCUCCCCCUCCGUGGUCAAAAAAUGGAAAAUCCCAAAAACCCAACUUGAAAAUCCGCGAGUUGUGAGGAUGUUAGACGGUACUAUAUCACAAACUGGUCGCAUUUGGCACCAGGUUCACCUCACGGUCUUGGCCAAUGGCCACUCCCACUCCAUUCCCUUCCUUGGAUUAGUCACAUUCCCUGAACAGAUACAGAUUGCCUCCAAAGAGGAGGCGGACCCAGAUCCUCUAGCAGACCUCCCCCCUCAAUACCAUGAAUUUGCUAGAGUAUUUGGCAAAGAAGAAUUUAAGGUCCUCCCCCACACAGGGAGUCCCAUAUACGGUAUGACGGACGCGGAAUCCAAGGCCCUCAAACAGCACAUCAAUGAAGAACUAGCCACGGGCAAGAUCCGCCCCAGUACCUCAUCUGCUGGAGCCCCUGUCAUGUUUGUCAAAAAGGCUGAUGGUUCCCUUAGGCUUGUCGAUGACCUGAUGGCUAAACUGCGGAACGCCAAGCUAUUCACGAAGUUAGAUCUCCGCUGGGGGUACAAUAAUGUGCGCAUCAAAGAAGGCGACGAAUGGAAAACGGCCUUUAGAACCAAAUAUGGCCUCUUUGAGUACUUAGUCAUGCCCUUUGGCCUUACCAAUGCCCCCGCAGCAUUCCAGCACUUCAUGAACGACCUGUUCAGGGAUCUAAUUGACGUGACGGUAGUAAUCUACUUGGAUGACAUUCUCAUCUUCUCGGAAAACCCAGAAGACCACCCAAGCCAUGUCAGAGAAGUGCUAUUGCGAUUACUAAAGAACCAGCUGUUUUGCAAGUUAUCAAAGUGCCAUUUCCACGUUACUACGGUUGACUACCUAGGCAUUGUUAUCUCUCCCUCCGGCUUCUCAAUGGACCAGAAGAAAAUAGAAGCCGUCACAACAUGGCCCACUCCCAAAACGGUCAAACAGGUCCAGGCCUUCCUAGGAUUCGUCAACUACCUCCGCCGAUUCAUUCCCAAUUUUAGCUCCGUUGCACGCCCCCUGCAUAACCUCACGAGGAAGGAAACCCCUUGGUCAUGGGGUAACCUAGAGGAAGAAGCAUUCCAGGAAUUGAAGUCCCUUGUUACCCAAUCGCCCGUCCUCAUCCAUUCCAACCCAGACCUGCCCUACUACCUAGAGACAGACGCAUCAGGGGUAGCUAUGGGAGCCAUACUGAGUCAACGAGGGGAGGACAACCGGCUUCACCCAAUUGCAUAUAUGUCCAAGUCCUUCUCAGGCGCUGAAGCUAACUACGAUACGCACGACAAGGAACUUCUAGCUAUCAUUAAGGCAUUAGAAGAAUGGCGCAUUUUCCUGGAAGCAACAAAUAGACCAAUACAAGUCUUCACGGAUCAUAGGAGCCUGGAAUAUUGGAUGCAGGCUCGAACCUUCAACCGCAGGCACACACGAUGGCGCAUUUUCCUGAGUGACUUCAACUUUGAGAUACAUUAUCGGCCAGGAAAACAGUCAGGGAAACCAGACGCGUUAUCUAGACGGUCCGAUUACGUAGAUACGCCUGCAGAACCAGAAGUCAUGUUACCAGCGGAAGUAUUUGCCAACACAUUGGAAGAGGAACUUGAAAUCGUCACGGAAAUCCGCACCAAACUCAGGGAUGAUCCAUCACUAGAACCCAUCAUCACAUUCCUGACAGAAGAUGCAGACGACGCGCCUCCCUCCAUCCAAAAAGCCUAUAGGGACUAUGAUUGGGAAGAAGACCUCCUAUGGUAUCGCGGAAAACUAGUGGUCCCGGACUCAGAACCUUUGAAGGAACGAUUGUUAAGGGAAUUCCACAACUCCCCCCUGGCAGGACACCCAGGGCAACAAAGAACCCUAGAACUCUUGAGCCGCAACUACUGGUGGCCAGGAAUGAAGUCAUCCGCUAAGGAAUGGGUAGAAUGCUGUCCCACCUGCCAAGCCAACCGUCGCGCGCACGCCCCCGUCAUUUCCCUGAAACCCUUAGAAGUCCCGCCGUUCCCUUUCCACACAAUAUCCUAUGACUUCAUCAUGGGAUUCCCUAAGUCUAACGGGUACAAUGCAAUUCUAGUUGUGAUUGACUCCUUCUCCAAGUUUGGCCACUUCAUCCCAACCACAAAGAAGGUCACAGCCAAGGGCCUAGCAGAACUGUUCAUCACCCAUGUUUGGAAGUUACACGGACUACCAGUCAAGACAGUCUCGGACCGCGGAACCACGUUCACAGGGAAAUUCCUAAGGGCACUGUACCAACGCCUUGGGAUCAAUCCGGCCUUCUCCUCAGCCUACCACCCGGAAUUGGACGGCCAAACAGAAAGGGUAAAUCAGUUCAUAGAAUUCUACCUCAGAUCAUAUGUUGCCGCCGACCACUCGGACUGGGCCACCUGGUUGCCCUUAGCGGAAUACGCCUACAAUAACGCGAAGCAUUCCGCCACCGGGAGAACCCCUUUUGAAUUGGUUUAUGGAAGAAAUCCAGUCAUGAAUCCGUCCAAUAUCCCUGCCAACGUCCCAGAAGCUGAUCAAGUGGCCAAUACACUAGCACGAGAAUGGCAAGAGGCGGAGUCAGCACUCAGGAUGACCAAAGAACGCAUGACAGGCACAAAAGGAGUGGUACCAGAAUACUCAGUGGGCAAGAAGGUCUGGCUGGACGGAAAAAACGUAGAACUUAGAACAAACUCCAACAAGCUGGACCCCAAAUGGCUAGGACUGUUCGAAGUCGUUGAAAAAAUCUCCAGCCACGCGUACCGCCUCAAACUACCAGAUACUCUGAAAAUUCAUGACGUAUUCUACGUAGGAUUACUAUCCAAAGCGCAUGAAUCCCCAAGUCAGCCCUUUCCGGAUCGUCCUCCCCCUGAAACAAUAGAAGGAGAGGAGGAAUAUGAGGUGGAACAAAUCAUAGAUUCCAAGAGGCAACAAGGAAGGUGGUUUUAUCUGAUCAAAUGGAAAGGGUACGGUCCAGAAGACAACUCCUGGGAGCCAGAGGAACUGCUGGAGCACAGUCAAGAAGAAAUCCGUCGCUUUAAUAGAUCACAACUGAAAAAGGCUCGUGACUCCGCCAAGAGCCUUUAA